UGUGGAGUCCAAAAGAGCGUCAUUACCAAUUACCCGUGACCCACCUACGCUACGCUACGUAGUAUUCCUCCUCUCCCUCCAGAAAGCAAAAAGAGAGGAGGCCACAGGUCGUCUAUGGUGUCCUUGCUUUCUCUGAAUUAAGCUCCUCUGCUCUCACUGCAAUUCGUUCCUCAGCUUUUUUAGUUACUCCUACUCAUCUUGGUUUCACCGCCGACACUUAUUUACACCUCCACUUCCCUACUUUCGCGGUUGUUGAGUUCAGUUAGAGGCUAGAGAAUUCAUGCAAGGUGUAGCCAAUGGAAAGACGGCCAAAGCAGAGUGGUGAAAGAAAGACAAUUGAGAAUAAAGAGCUUGUCAAAUACAUGUCAAGUUUGCCUAGUUACCUGGAAAAGGGGGGAAAUCUACAGGAGAAAGCUUUCAGUGUUGGCGUCCUAGAUUGGCAUUUUCUUGAAAAAUGGCGACACGAACAUGUAAAAGAACCUUGUAGAACUAGGGGUUGCUCACCAUCCACCAGCAAUACCUUGUCAAUUUCCUCAAUGGAGGGAUCUUCAUCCAAUUCUAGCAGAGCCAGAAGCUGCUCUCCUGCUCGUCGGAGGAUUCAUCGUCCUACAUCACAAUCUUAUUAUUCAUCACCACCUAGAGGAAGUUAUGUACAGUUGCAAAACCGAAAACCUGGCGUAGUUAAAUCCCGGGAGAUUGAGCAACUUGUCGGCAAGACAUAUCAGUAUUUUGAUGAGUAUCCACAAAGAAAUAUGCAAGAACUCGGCAAUGCUCUACACCCGCGGAGGACUCCUCAUGUUAGGAGAUCACUUGAUGGAGAGACUGAGACGAAAACAUCACGUUCCAAGGGAAAGAUGAAGAUCCAAGAUAGAGAAUGUUUAUCGAAAGGAGAUUUUGAUGAUUUUGAUUGCAUAGAGAAACAUAAAUCAGAUUUCCUUCAAGUACCAGAACCUGGCCAAGAAACUAACAGCUGCACAACUUUCUGCCCACCUGAUUCAGUAGUGAGAGACCAGAGCGCUGUGAAAUCAAGCAGACGGAGCUUUUCUUGUGGAUUUAUUUCUGCGUUCUACCAUGGACAGUCCUCUUCAGAUAUCUCUAGUUCCAGCACCCUUCCUCAUGAUGCUGAUGAGUCGAAGAUGGGACAAGUGAGUCCAAUAGAUGCAAAGGAUAGUUGCCCUUCAUCUAAGACAAUUCAGCCUUCAGCAUAUUCAGGAAAAAAAUUGUCCAGCCCACCUGGAACCAAUUCCAAACAAGAGAAGAAAUCAACUGCAAUGCUUAACAAUCCAACUACACUUAAUUCCGCAGAAUCUACAAAAGUCAGAAAUUCCUCUCCAACUCGUCGAUUUAGCUUGGCAAUGGGAAGGAUUGGCCAGAUUUCAGGUAUAAAAGAUAUGAUCACUGGAUCACAAGGUGUCAAAUGGCCUGCAGAACAAUCUAGUCCAAAUAAAACUCAAAGUUCGUCCUCACUUGAUACAGGCUGUGAUAAAUCAGACACCACUGGCCGAGCCAGGACUAGUCCUUUGAGAAGGUUGCUAGAUCCACUGCUGAAGCCAAAGACAGGCAACUCUGAUCACGUUAAAUCUUCAACAAGACGUGGUGAAUCUCCUACGAAACGCUCAUUGAAAGUGAAAUUGGAUUUAAAGGGCUGUAAAACAAUUGAUAUCGACAAUCCACGUUCUAAUGGCACAUUUGUGCCAUCAAGAUUGCAAGCUCUCCUCCAAGUAGCUGUGAAAAAUGGUCUUCCUCUAUUCACAUUUGCAGUUGACAAUGAAGUUGACAUUUUAGCAGCCACAAUGAAGAAACUUAAUCCGAAUUUGAAGGAUUACAGUUGCUGGAUUUAUACUUUCUUCACCGUUCGUGAAACAAAGAAAAAGAGUGGAAAUUGGUUAAAUGAAGUAGAAAAAGACAGAAGUCAUGGAAUUAUGCCUAAUAUCGUUGGAAAGAUGAAGGUUUCUGAUGUUCCAUUCUCCGAAUUGAACAGGCAGAAACUUGACUCACAGUUUAGGAAGAGGGAGUUCGUUUUGUUUGCUACAGAUCAGAAACCAUCUGACCUUGAGGCAAACGAUGAGCUUGCAGCUAUUGUUGUCAAAUUACCCAAUAGGAUCACCACUUGUCCUAAUGGAAGUGACCAUCAGAAUAGCAACUGCAAUAAUAUUUCAACUUCAGGUUUAACAAAUCCUUUUGAAGAUCUUAACAUGACAGUUAUCCUUCCUGGUGGUGCACAUAGCGUACCAAGUAAAGGCGAGCCUUCUUCACUGAUUAACCGAUGGAAGUCAGGUGGAUCGUGUGAUUGUGGUGGCUGGGAUUUGGGCUGCAAAUUAAGACUACUUGUGAAUCACACUAAUCAUCAAAGGAUAUCCAGUUGUUCCAAACCCAAACUUAAUGCUGCAAGAUUUGAACUUUUAUCCCAGGGAGAAGCACGGGACAGUAAGCCCAUUUUUAGCUUAUCUCCGUUCAAGGAUGGGAUCUUUUCUGUUGAAUUCAGUUCAUCAUUGAAGCUUCUUCAAGCAUUCUCCAUUUGUAUAGCAGUUUUAAAUGGUAGAAAUCAAGAACUCUUCCGAAUGCAAACUUGAUUGCUGAAAAUUUCUUCUGAAGUAAUCAUGUUGCCAGAUUCAGAGGGAGCCCAAGUGGAAUUAUCUGCCAAAUUUGUCUCAAUUCCUUCUCUUUCCCCUGCUGGAAAGGUGUAAGUGACUUGCUUUAUCAAGCAUGGUGAAACAUCAAACCAAAGGCUCUACAGUUUUUGUUUUAACUAUAGCUAAGCUUGUAAAAAGUAACGAUGAACAGAUUAAAUAUCAGUCAAUGAUUGAUAAAGUGAAUUGCCAUGAAGUUGAAUAAGGCUCAUGACUGAAUGAAGCAAUUGUAAUUUGGUGUUGCAAGUGUAGAGGAAUAAGUAUUACUAAGGUGUAUCAGCAUAUGAAUAUACAGAAGAUUUUUCAAUAU